AUUUGGGCUUCUCUUGUGAGUGUGGCUGUCCUAUCUUCCUCGCGAACUGUAGAGAAAGAGAAGAGAGAGAGAGAGAGAGAGGAAGAGUGCACGGCGGCGGAGGCGAUGGCGACGGGAGGGAAGGGGCUGAACGCGACGGGCGAGUUUUUCCGUCGCCGUGACGAGUGGAGGAAACACCCUAUGGUGGGGAACCAGCUGCGCCACGCCACUCCGGGGCUCGGCAUCGCCAUUGUCGCCUUUGGGAUCUACCUUGUCGGCGAGGCCGCCUACAACCGCCUCUACCGCCCCGCAGGCGACAACCACCACUAGAUCUCCCCCAGAGAUGAAUUGGGUACAUCUUCUAAGUGAUUCCACUGAAUUCCUUAACGGCCAAUUUCAGUACG